UCCGUCAGUGAAAUUGUGUUUGGUUGCAAUCAAAAGUUUUACAUAUAAUUUAAAUUUACUUGGAAUUAUUCAAGAGAAAUUGAUACAAUUCUUCCAAAAAUGUUGAGGCUAUUAAACUUAUCAAGAAACUCCUCCUUAAGAAGUACAGCUUUGCAACAACAUCUUGCUUAUCCUGUUCUUCAUUUUUCAACGAAUGUCAAAUCAAAUCCUCUAUAUUCGAAAAAAGGGUUGAUACAGGAUAAAUUUAAAAAGGGCGAAGUUGUUCAUGGAUUUAUUGUAGAUGAAGUAUCGAAGAUAGAUGAGCUAUUUCUCACUGCUGUGAGAUUGACACAUCUGAGCACGGGUGCGCAGUAUUUGCAUUUGGAUAGGGACGAUACCAAUAAUGUAUUCUCCAUCGGAUUUCGUACAACUCCUAUGGAUUCCACCGGUUUACCUCACAUAUUGGAACACACUACUCUAUGCGGUAGCGAGCGGUAUCCCUGCAGAGAUCCAUUUUUCAAGAUGCUGAGAAGAUCUCUGGCCACAUUCAUGAAUGCCAUGACUGGGCCAGACUAUACCAUAUAUCCAUUCUCGACACAAAACCUGAAAGAUUAUCGCAAUCUACAAUCAGUCUACUUGGAUUCUGUCUUCAAGCCAAAUUUGCGAGAAUUAGAUUUCCGACAGGAAGGUUGGAGACUGGAGCACGCGGACGUCGAUGACAAAAAUUCUCCUAUCAUAUUCAAAGGUGUAGUCUUUAACGAAAUGAAAGGUGUUUUCAAUGACAAUCAAGCCAUUCUUGCGGAACGUCUGCUGAACUCUAUUUUACCGAGUCAUACGUACUCGGUAAUUUCCGGUGGUGAUCCUCUCGUCAUACCUAAUCUGCAGUACAUCGAUCUUCUUAAUUUCCAUAUGAAGUACUAUCAUCCCUCUAAUGCACGUUUCUAUUCAUAUGGAAAUUUCCCGUUGGAAGAUCAUUUAAAGUUCAUCAACGAUCGAUAUCUCUUCCUAUCUGAUCGGAUAGACGCUUCCAUGUCGGAAGUGCCAUCGGAGAAACGAUGGAACGAAGCUAAAAAGGAGCAUAUAGUGUGCAGACCUGAUCCACUGCUCGCAGAUCCUAGCAGACACGGAUCUAUUGCCAUAUCGCAUUUGUGUAAUGAUAUAACUGACAUACAGACGACCUUCGAAAUGUAUGUGCUGUCACAACUGUUACUCAAAGGCCCGAAUUCGGCGUUUUACAAAUCUCUAGUUGAAUCGAAUAUAAGCACCGGCUUCGGCCCAGUCACGGGUUUCGAUUCGCAGUGCAAAGACACGAUGUUCGUUGUAAGUUUGCAGGGUGUAAAGCCCGAAGAUUUCGAGAAGAUUCAGAGUAUUUUCGAUAACACUGUAGAAAAAGUCAUCGACGAGGGAUUCGAGAAGGAUCACAUUGAAGCUAUUCUUCAUGGUAUUGAACUUCAGAUCAAACAUCAAACAUCGAAUUUCGGGCUAAAUCUGCUCUUCAAUCUGACAUCCUUGUGGAAUCACAACGGCGACUUGAUACAGUUAUUAAGAAUUAACAACGCGGUCAAGAAACUCACAUCGCGAAUGAAAGAAGAUCCCAAGUAUCUGCAAAGCUUGGUCAAAACUUAUCUCGGAGACAAUAAUCACAGAUUGACGUUGACUAUGUCGCCCGACGAGAAUUAUGAGCAAAAUAAAGCUCUUGCUGAGCAAGAGUUGCUGAAAAGGAAGCUGGAGGAGCUUUCUGCAGAGGAGAAAGAACUAAUAUACGUCAACGGGAAAAUCUUGCUUGCCGAACAACAAAAGAAAGAGAAUGUCGGAGUCUUACCGACACUGAAGAUGGAAGAUUUAAGAGCCGACGUGGAGCGAUACAAUACGUCCAAUCUAGAGAUAUCCGGAGUGCCUCUUCAACUGUCCAUCCAACCGACAAACGGCAUCUCCUAUUAUCGAGGAAUACUUAACACACAGGCAUUACCGAUUGAAUUGAAACAACUGAUACCGCUUUUCAAUUACAUUAUCACCAACAUGGGCACACGGAACUACGAUUAUAGAAGCUUCGAUCAGAUGAUGCAGUUGAAGACCGGCGGUCUGAGUUUUGGGAAUCACAUUGCUGAAGAUAAGGAAAGCGAAUUGAAGUACGAGGAAGGGAUUCUCAUAGAAUCAUAUUGCCUGGAUCGCAAUUUGAACUAUAUGUGGGAAUUAUGGACGGAAUUAUUCAACAAUGUUAAACUGACCGAUCCUCAGCGAUUCGAGACACUUGUAAAGAUGAAUGCGGCUGACUUGAUCAACGGCAUCUCGCACGCCGGUCACAUGUACGCGAUGAGUAGCGCCGCUAGUCUGGUCUCUCCGACAGCCCGGGCCAAAGAGAAUCUUUCAGGAUUGCAAUAUGUGGGGAGGAUGAAGAGGAUAGCUCAGAUACGUGAUCUAUCCUCUCUGAUACACAACAUGCAGGAGAUAGCCGAGCACGUCUUGAACAAGAAACACUUGCGGUCGGCCAUUAAUUUGUCCGAGGAACACAAGGACAAUGCUCUCGACGGUAUUCGCGUGUUCUACGAGUCAUUGAAGGGCCCUCCGAAGAAUCCGUACAUCAUCACCAACGAUCAAAGCAAUGAAACGAGUGAAAGCGGUAAUCACUAUGUGCUACCUUACACGGUCAAUUAUUGCUCCAAGGCUAUUCUAACAGUACCUUAUACGAAUCCGGACUAUGCUCCCUUACGUGUGCUUUCCAAGUUGAUCACCUCGAUAUACCUGCAUCCGGAAAUUCGAGAGAAGGGCGGAGCUUAUGGUGGAGGCGCGAGAUUAACAUCAGAGGGAAUCUUCUCCUUUUAUUCUUACAGAGAUCCGAAUUCCACUCGUACCUUUGAUCUGUUUGACAAGACGUACGAUUUUUUAACGGAGUACUCGUUACCCCAAAGUGACAUAGAUGAGGCAAAGUUGGGAGUUUUCCAGCAAAUAGACGGUCCUAUUCCUCCCAGCAAUCGUGGCAUGACUAAAUUCACCCAUGGCAUCACAGAUGAUGAUCUUCAAAGGCAGAGGGAACAAUUAAAGGCUGUGACUAAGGAACAGCUCUUGCAUGUGGCUGAAAAGUACCUGAAACCUGGUCGAAACAGCGUCAAAAUUGGUCGUUCACUUAUCGGACCUGCGAAUGCCGAUAUUUCGAAUAGACGCAUGGAAAAUUGGAUAGUAUUAAAUCAGGAAGAAGCAGAUCAAGCACGAGCCACUGAAUAAACGUCAAGAUAUUAUCUUUGUUAUUUUUAUAAUAAAACAUGUUUUGCUUAUGUUAAACUGCAAACACAUACAAAUGUUUAAGCAUUUCCUGGUCAUGUUUCAUAGUAUACGUUUGACGUUAAGUAUUAGAAUCUAAAGAAUAACAACAUUAAUGCAAUUAACAUUUGUUAAAUAAUUAUUGUAAUUUAUGCUAUAUUUUGUAUAUUAAAAACGUCCUGUAGUAAAAAGAUAAAAAAAAAUAAUGCGUUUUACUCAUUUAAUUCUCAAUUUUCAUAAUCUUUUUGUGUUUAUC